CAUGUACUACUCGUAAUGUGCACAACAAUGCACGGUUUUUAAGGGAGAAGAGAGAUACGCCGCUCCACCUCAGUGUUUCUCUUUCUCAUCUCAAAAGCUGCACAAGCUUGUACCACCUCCACUAUUCCCCAGACUCUUAACCCACCCUCAAACACACUUCCAUAACACUGAACCUUCACUCUUCACAUGAAUAAACACAGCAAAUUCAUCACUUAUAACCUAAUUUAUCAACAACCCAAUCUCAUUUUUCAACCAUUUUCCCUAAACCAUCUUUCAUUUUAUCCUCUUUAGAGUUCCAGUCAUGAUUUGAUUCUUCAAACCUCCCAUAAACAAAAAAGAAGAAAUGGGUUUUUUCUCAUUUAUUCUUCUUAUAAUCUUCACUCUUUUUCAACUUUCCAAUUCUGCCCCUGAUUAUACCACUUUAGUCUACAAAGGUUGUUCAAAACAACCCUUAUCAGAUCCAUCUGGUCUUUACUCUCAAUCCCUAUCUGCCCUUUUCUCAUCUCUCCUUCAACAAUCUUCAAGAUCCAAGUAUUACAAAACCACCUCUGGUGGGCCCCAAAACACAAUCUCUGGCCUUUACCAAUGUAGAGGAGACUUGAGUAAUGCUGAUUGCUACAAUUGUGUGACCAAAUUACCCCAAUUAAGUGACCAAUUAUGCGGUAAAGUUUCUGCUUCUAGGGUACAACUUUUAGGAUGUUAUAUGCUAUAUGAAGUUUCUGGGUUUACCCAAAUUUCUGGGUUACAAAUGUUGUAUAAAGUUUGUAGUGCAACUAAUGUAGCUGGUUCUGGGUUUGAAAUGAGAAGAGAUAGUGCACUUACUCUUAUGGAAAAUGGAAUUGCUAAUGGAAAUGGGUUUUAUACAACAAAUUAUGAAGGGGUUUAUGUGUUGGGUCAAUGUCAAGGUGAUUUAAGUGCUACAGAUUGUGCACAGUGUAUUAAAGCUGCUGUUCAGAAGUCUCAGAUUGAGUGUGGAAGUUCAUUAUCUGGUCAAGUUUAUUUGCAUAAAUGCUUUAUUAGCUAUAACUAUUAUCCUAAUGGGGUACCCACUAAAUCUUCAUCUUAUUCAUCAGGUGGUUAUUCAGGAGGAUCCGGGCAAUCAACUGGGAAGACUGUUGCUAUAAUAGUAGGAGUGACAGCUGGAGUGGGAUUUUUAAUUAUUUUGGUUCUUUUUGUUAGAGGGUUGAAGAAGAAGGAUGAUGGUAUGAUAGUUGCAAUUUCUUCCUUUAUUUUUCUUUUUUUGGGAGAAUUUCAAUGUAUUUGUUUUUUGUUUUGUAUUACUUGGGAACAUUUUCAUGUUCUUGAUUCUCAUACCACAGACCUUUUUUUGUUAUUUUCUUGCAGAUUAUUGAGGACAACAGCUGGUUCUUAAAGGGACUACUAUCUUGUUUUUCUUGAAGGUGGGAAGUACCAUUUUUUGUGAAUUUUUGUUUCUCAAAUGAAACAAAACUAUUAUAAUUAGGAAUAUUCGAAGAAUCAGGUCUUGUUUCAGUUGGAUUAUGUACCACAUUUUCCAGCAGGAACCUGGGUUUGAUUCUUGCUGGUCUCUUCUUUUCUCGGCCUACCCCUUAAAAAAAGUUACAGAGUAUUCUACAUUAAUAUCGGGUAUUGAUUUGUAAAUCAAUAUCCUCUUGCUUGACUAGUAAUUUUCUCAAAUUGAAACUUAAAUCUACUUCUAUGAUUUUGUGAGAGAAUAUUGAUUUGCAAAUCAAUUACCCAAUACUAAUGAGGAGUUUCUCUAAGGAUUAUGAACAUGGGUAUUUUGUUUUUAUUUGGUGAAUAGUAUUUACCAGAAAGAAAAUUGUAUAACUUUUUUUGUAGUAGUAAAAAAAAAAAAAACAGGGGAAUCAUUCAGUAUAAAUGGGUAGUAACAAAGGUUCAUUCAAGUGUACUGAUUCCUGAACGUUUAUUGUCAUUCUUGUCAUUUAAGAAACCAGAAAGUAAAAGAAAAAAAAAGUUGAGAUAUUGAAAA